AUUUAUAGUCAUCAUAUCACCUAGUAUAUAUAUAAUAUCCUCCCGAUUCUUCCCUUCAACCACAUACAUUAAACUACACUUUUACAUUCAUCUUCAUCUUCACAAACCACAUUUUUUCUUAGUUCCCUCACGUAUAUAUGCGUACCCAUAAAUCGUUUAUACAUACGGAUAUAUACGUGCGUGAGCUAGAUCACUAAUUUCAUCAUGAUUUCGAACAUUUCGUUCGAGUUAUCUAGUAUUUUCACCGUAUUUUUGGUUAUUUCUCUCUGUUUUUCGUCAUGUUCUUGCAUUAGGACUCGCGAUUUGAGAAGGAAUGCUGAGUUUAUCGACCACACUGCAAUAUCUCGGCCUCAACCUCGCGUGGAUCACGCGAGGAUGAUGGCCGAGUUUGCGAACCACACUGCAAUAUCGGAUUUUCGGAUAAUAAAUAGAAAAUCAUUAGGAGACUGUCCUGAUCCGAACCCGUAUAUUCGAAUCAAUGUGAGUUCGGCAAACGCAAAGCUUUCUGAUGAUCAGUUUGUUACGGUUACUAUAAGCGGAGUUUUGGUACCUGCUGCUAGUGACUGGGUGGCCAUGAUAUCUCCUGCUAAUUCCGAUGUGUCAAGCUGUCCGUUAAAUGGAAUUCAGUACCAGCAAACGGGUGAUUUCAGUAUUUUACCACUUCUGUGCCAUUAUCCGGUCAAGGCGCAGUACGCAAGUAGUGAUCCAGGUUACCUUGCCUGCAAGAAUCAAGAAUGCCAGCAACGCAAUGCAAGAGGCGAUUGUGUGGUCAAAACAUGCAGCGCCACACUUCAAUUCCACGUCAUUAACAUCAGAACCGAUAUCGAGUUUGUCUUCUUUGCUGGAGGCUUUAUAACACCUUGCAUCCUCAAACGAACCACUCCCACAAGUUUUGCCAACCCUAAGAAGCCUUUGUAUGGACAUCUUUCCAGCAUCGACUCCACAGGAAACUCAAUGAGAGUGACAUGGGUUAGUGGGGAUAAAACACCGCAGAAAGUUCAGUAUGGAAAUGGGAAAUCCCAGACAUCUGUGGUGACCACAUUUUCGCAAGCUGAUAUGUGCAGUUCUGUGCCAGCGAGCCCAGCAAAAGAUUUCGGGUGGCAUGAUCCUGGUUACGUUCAUUCUGCAGUCAUGACUGGUCUUCAGCCUUCGACUACUUUCUCCUACAGAUAUGGAAGCAACUCAGCUGGCUGGAGUGAUAGUAUAAAGUUCAAGACUCCGCCUGCAGGCGGAGCAGAUGAAGUUAAAUUUAUUUCAUUUGGUGACAUGGGCAAGGCUCCUCGUGAUCCUUCUCUGGAACACUACAUUCAGCCAGGUUCACUGUCAGUAGUAAACGCCAUAGCAAGUGAAGUAUCAUCUGGGAACAUAGAUUCGAUAUUUCACAUUGGAGACAUAAGCUAUGCAACUGGAUUUCUUGUUGAAUGGGAUUUCUUUCUGCACCUUAUUAGUCCCGUUGCUGCUCAACUUUCCUACAUGACAGCAAUUGGAAACCACGAGAGGGAUUACAUAGACACCGGAUCAGUUUACGUUACUGCAGAUUCAGGUGGAGAAUGCGGAGUUCCAUACGAGACUUACUUCCCCAUGCCAACAUCUGAAAAGGACAAGCCAUGGUAUUCCAUUGAACAAGGUAGUGUUCAUUUCACUGUCAUUUCAACUGAGCAUGACUGGUCCGAAAGCUCCGAACAGUUCGCGUGGAUGAAGAAGGACAUGGCAUCAGUUGAUCGAACAAGAACACCCUGGUUAAUCUUCAUGGGGCACAGACCAAUGUACUCCACCUCUGAUGGAUCAUCGUUCAUUCCAAGCGUCGACAAUAAUUUUGUCCAAGCAGUAGAGCCACUGCUGCUAUCUAACAAAGUUGAUCUGGCUCUGUUUGGGCAUGUACAUAACUAUGAGAGAACCUGCGCGGUCUAUCAAGGUGAAUGCAAAGCAAUGCCUACAAAAGAUGGAAAUGGGAUCGACACGUAUGAUAAUACUAAUUACCAAGCACCAGUUCAUGCUGUUAUUGGAAUGGCUGGAUUCUCACUGGAUUCAUUUCCAUCAACGGCGAGUAGUUGGAGCUUAACGCGAAUUUCAGAAUUUGGCUACGCAAGAGUUCAUGCAACGAGGACAGACCUGAACUUUGAGUUUGUGAAUGCCAAUACGACAGAAGUAGGCGACAGAUUCCAUAUCACUCGGAGCUAAAGAAGAUAAAAUUGUAUAGAAACAGAGAUGCAUAGUGUGGGAAAUGAUGUGAAAUUGUUGUAUACAUGGCAGGUGAAUACAUAGAUGAAUAUGUAAUUAUGAAGAAUUCAAUACAAAAAGUACAAAUAGCAUUUGAUCCUUACUGAA